UUGAUCGCAUUGCGUUUGUUGACAAAGCGUAGGCUACAUUUAAGUUAUUUAAAAACUAUACGGUUGACAUGGCUGCCGCCCGUCGUGAUAUAGCACCGUUCCUGCAACGCGUACGCGCCUUUCUGCUGGGCCGUGAACAUACUGUUGCGCUGCGCUUCGAGGAUGGCUUGGCCGAUCGCACACAGCCCCAGCCGGAGCUACCGGACGGACCCUCGCACCUGUACUCGGCCAACUACUAUUGCACCCGCGAUGCUCGUCGCGAGGUGCAGCCGCCCAUCGACCUGGUGCAGCAGCAGAAACUGAUCGAUGCCGCCGCCGAAGGUGCACCCAAGGCGCGCGCCCAGCUGCCCACGCCCGGCAAAGUCUAUGCCUGGGACUAAAGCCGUUCCGCGACCCAAUCGAUUGUACGCAAUCAGUAAAUUAAAUCAAUCUAUUUUUUUUUGUGCGAAUGCCGUUUAAUUUUAAAUAUAGACAUUGUUAAACCACGGA